UGAAAAGAGAUAAUAAAACAAGUCGUUGAGAUAUCAUCUGGACCAGCUGCAGAAAAGAACUGAUCAAACAUAUGACUGUGCUUAUUAAUAAGCCUGAAUCAAGUCAAGAGAUAUAUAUUCGAAACUUCACCCUAAAAGAAAUAGUAAAAACAGUGAAGAAAGUAAGACAUCACUUAUGGAUCAGAUUGACAGGUUCUUUCUACUAGGACAGUGUAAAGUAAAUGAGCAUUCGUCGAUCAAGUGUAUUAAAAAAUCCCCGGAUGAAGAAAAUAUGCAAAAACUGACUAAAAUUGUGAAUCCAGGUGACCCCCACACAACGUAUGUGCUACAGGAGAUAAUUGGCAAAGGGGGCUUCGGAAUAGUUUACAAAGCAAGGAACGAGCAUACAAAGAAGAUGGUGGGCAUAAAAAUCAUUAAGCUGAAAAAACCUGUGAAGGAAGAAGUCUUAAAUGAGGUUAUAGUCAUGAGGGAAAACAGGCACCCAAACUUGGUCAACUUUUUGGAUAGUCACGUUGUCGAAGAUAAUCUAUGGAUAGUUAUGGAAUUCCUAGGAGGCGGUACUCUAUGUGAUAUCAUUAUUAACACAGUAAUGAGAGAGAGGCAGAUAGCGGUUGUUUGCCGAGAAAUUCUUCAGGCUAUUGCGUUUCUUCACUCUAGGGGUAUCAUUCACUGUGAUAUAAAGAGUAGUAAUGUUGUGUUCGGGAUGGAUGGAAGUGUGAAACUUAUUGAUUUCAUGACGUGUAAACAUAUAGAAACAGUGAAGAAAUGCCUUUCUGUAAUGGGUACAGUCUAUUGGAUGGCCCCAGAAAUAUUAUAUGGAAUUCCUUAUGAUACUAAAGUAGACAUAUGGAGCUUGGGGAUUGUUGUCACAGAAAUGGUUUCAGGAGAAUUACCUUUCCUAAGCGAAACGUACUUUUUCGAUUAUCAGUGGAUGCAGCUUACUAAUAAAGAGCUUCGAACAAAAGAUAAUAAAACUAUUUCGCUGGUAUUACAAGAUUUCCUUAAUGAAUGUCUGGAGCUCAACACUGACAAACGAUCCUCAGCAGAAAACCUACUUAUGCACCCUUUCCUCCAAACUGAUGAGAAUAUAUCAUUAAUAAAAAAUUUGAUUCGAUUAGCUAAAAGAAAAACUAGAAUUCGAAACUAACUAUGUAUUUAAUAAUGGCUGGAGACGGCUUGAAUGGGUAAUGAAGAAAAACUUUAAUAUAAGUUUAACAUAACAGCAAAUGUACAAGGUUUCGACAAGGUUUUGUCAUCAUCAGGUACUUAUGUACUAUGUAUUUGGUAAUACAUAUAAUUCGUUUAUUCACAUAAUAGCCACCUGAUGCACACAAUGAGCUACUCUUAACUGAAUAACUGGAUUGGCUGUCAUUCCUAUAACGCACCCACAACUGAAAGUGCAAAGCAUGUUUGGUGGCAGCACGUCACGAAUACGCGACCCUCGAAAUACAAGUUCAGUACGCUAACUACUAGGCCACUCUCGGACCGGCAGUAUGUAUGUCAACUAAUUUACUGUAUUCUGACAGUGACCGUUUCUUAUAAUAUGUAAUACUCCAGAACUUGAUAUUUGUGAAAAUUCUUCUUGAUGUUGUUUAUUAAUUUACUUAAAACAUGCACAAGUACUUCACUGAAUGAUUACUAAUAUUAUGGUAAUAAGAAAUGCUACUGACUAUAACUGCACAGUAAUUAAAAAUCAGAGACUUUAACCCUACAGGUCUCUGACCUGGACGUAAAGUUCACGUGCGCAUAAAGUGAAGUUCAGGUUAAAAUUUCCAAUUCCACCCUAUUUAUAUCAUUUUAUAACUAUAUUUAUUUUAUGAGUAUUACUUAAUAUGAUAAAACUAGCCAGGAGUGAUUGUAAGCUCUUUAUAAAAACACUAAAUGUUUUGUCUUAAGUAUCUUAACAGCAAAGAGAAAACCUACAUUAUUUUUUACUUUUAUGAAAACAGCUUUAAAAUCAGUUUUUCUUGUUUAUUACACAAAAAGUAGGCACUCUUUGCAACAUCCAAUUAAGAUUUGAAUAAUCAGCAAUUUGUACAAGCCUAAUAUUUUACAAGGAAAACAUUUGAUUU